GCAAACAAACUCGGAACUCAAAACCAGUUUGAAUUUCAGAAAGCAAACUUAUUUCACACUGGAACAAACAAUAUUUGUAUGUGUAUAUUUUUUAGAUACGAGAUAAAGUAAAGGAUCAAGAUGACGCUCAAAAUGGCAUUAUGUACCCAGGAUGACCUCAGUGAGGCCAUCAAGCUGCAGAAGCGGGAGCAGUACGAGGAGGAACGCAAGAAGCGCAUUUUCAAUGCUAAGCAGCGUCUUUUUGGGCUCGAUUUAGAUACGCUGGAGCGACAGAUAAGGGAAAAAAAGAAGCAGGAGAGUGAAAAGCUAGAGUGUGAUAAGCGAUUUGAGGAACAGGAGCAAUUGCAGAAGCGCCUGAUUACAGCCAAAGAAAAGGAACUGGAGAAGGAGAAACGCAUUGUCGACUCGGAUCUUAAUUUUUAUCGUUGCCGCUACCAACGCAAAGAUCAGCGCCGAGAAUUUGAUCUCAAUGAUCCUAAUUUCCUUAAGAAAUCCACGCCUGUGCGCAUUGCCGAUGCCGACCUUACACUGGGCGUAUCCAGUGCCCAGAUCUUCUACGGCGAGGAUCUAAACAAGAGCGAUCGACAGGUCCGUCAGCGUGAACAGCAACGUGCCUGGCUCGAUCAGCAGGUUAUGGAGCGCAAGCAGGCGGAGGAAGCGCGUCGCAAGGCCGAUAAUGUCUACAUGGAGAGCAUCUGGUGUCGCGACAAGCACUUGGAGGAUAUGGCCAAGUCGGAUCACCGCAUGCGCCAUCAGAUCAUACACAAGAUUCGCCAGUUCAACAUCAAUCUGGCCAAGCAGAAGCAGGAGAAUCGAUUGCGCAACAAGCAGGAGACCUACGAGGAUGAUAUGGCCGAGAUCUACAACAUGUUGUCCAGUGAUAUGUUGACUGAGAAUCCGGACGUAGCCCAGUCCCGUACUAAUCCCAACAAGAAAAUCGCGUUCAUGUAUCGCGGCAUGACGGCCGACGAGUUGCGGGACUUUCGCAAGGGUCAGGAGCAGCAGUUGGCCGACACCCUGCAGCGAAAGACAGAGGCCCAGCUCAUGGACAAGCAGUGGGAGCAGUAUGCCAUCAACAUGGAUCGCACACUCAUGCACAAACAGAUCGACAUGGAUCGCAAGCACAAACAACAGCUGGACGAUCUCGUUAGGGACAAUGCCAAACUGGCCAUUGAACAGGAUCAGCAGCGCAAGGAUUCCCUGGAGAAGCUCAGCAAUGCCGUCUACGACGAUUUCUACGAUCAGUUCAACAAGACUUCACGUUAAUUUCUUCAUUUACUUAAUCCAUCUGUCCGUCUGUCAUCCAUUUCAACCGUGUGUGGAACUGCUUUGGCAGGCACUGUACUUGGCUGCGGACGCAGUUCCACACACGAUAAAUUGGCGGACACUGUCACAAUCAGAGAGGCAACUUGGCUAAUACCCUCGAAAAUUGAAGUCCCUACAGAACAAGUUAAUAAAGCUUAAAUUAAAUGUUGA